UGUCAUUCGCAUAUGGUGGCUCGAGAAGUAAACACGAAUAAAUCUUCGGAGAUUCUAAAAUUCCUGAGAAUAAAGAAAAGAAUAAACAUUGAGCUAAGUGAAAGUAACGAUCUCUCCUGACCCGUUUUUUAGGUUUACUGUGAUUACAUUACCAAAUUCCCGAAUAGGAGGGACAUUGUGACGUUGAAAGGAAUAUACAGCGUAAAGAAAGGUUCCGCAAGAAAAUCGUAUUUUCUGGAACAGUGGAGUACCAUCGGUGUUGUUCUGCCUCCGAUUUGUUUCUUAGACGACUUUCGUGGAUAUAAAUUAUAAUAAUUGGAAGAUUUGCAUCGGAUCAAAACGCCAAAAAUUCAAUUUUCGCCCCGAUGGCAAUUCCUACACAGUACCAAGUGAUUUCGACUCCAGUACAAACAACAAUCGGUGGAGGGCAUCUUCAUACACCUCCUUCAAUAUUCCAGCACAUGAUGGGCCAGCACAAUCCCCAGCACCAGCCAGGCAGUUGGGACCAGAUACCGCAAGUGCCUCCAAUGUACAUGCCAUGGAGCGUACCAAGUCUUCAACAGUCUCAGUUAGUCAGAUUCACUGGGGAACGACAACAACAGACUUGUGGACCAAUGGUACAUCAGAAGAGAAAACUAGAUGUUCCAGAUGUGAUAGAAACGAGACCAACGAAACAAUUCAUCUCAGAAGAAAAGAUGGCAGCUCACUUUAGAAACAUGCACAUAAGCUCACAUUACUCUCCUACUCCAGUACCAUCAACAUCAUCAGCUUGUUCGCCUCCCCAACCAUCCACCAGUACAACAACAGAUGUUGAAAUAGACGUGGAUCCCGCUCCAGUGAAUCUGGAAGAUGGUAAAAGCAUGCACCCAAGACUGGUCAUCUCUGAAGAGCUCAAGAGACUCCAGAACGAGCCUCUUCUACCUGCUUCACUUUUAUCAAAAUUGGAACGGCCCUCCAUGGCUUUAGUACUGUGGGAGCCUCCAACUAGACACCUAAGAUUGCCUCUCAGUCAACACCCUCCAGCCCAACCUUCAACAUCCACCGCUGAGGAGGACGACAACAAUAACAACAUUGACAACAACAAUGAACAAAUUCCAGAUUUAAACCAAGCCUAUUCGUCCAACAACGUUGAACUAGAGCCCAUGGAUCUUUGAAGUUUUUUCUAAAAGAUUUUUUGUUACUUAGACCUUAAUUAAGAGUGAAUCUUGAGUGAAGUGUGAGUGGAUCAUGAUCAUGUCUUAUCAGUCUUCUUUACGAAGAUCGUUGAUUACUGAUUAAAAUUCAUUUAAUCGUAAUAAGAGACAUUGGAAUGAGUAUUCCUUCUUGAUAUUAACGGAAUAGUAAAGAUGAUGAAUAAUUGAAUAUUUCUAAGUUUGAGAGAGUUUCAAUAUAAUGUAUUAUUAUCGAAUGUCUAAACGUUUUAAAUACAAGGCUGAAGGCAUAA